GCUGCAGCGGGCGGAGAAGAAGGCGAGCGGGCGGGUGUAGCAGAGAGAGAACAACAUGAGGCCGGACAAGCCGCUCGGGGUGGGCGCCUUGCUGCAGAGCCGGCGGCUGCUGUGGCAGCAGCACAAGCGCAAGCUGCAGUACCAGAUCAUGUGUCGCGUGCACAAGCUGGGGUCCCCUGACGACGUGUAUGAGCAGCACGAGCAGCGGUUCCUGGGUCUGCUACAGAAGCUGCUGGACAUCCGCAAGAGUCUGGAGCACUACCGCGCGACGGCGCUGCCCCUGUACUGCUCGGCGUGCGCGAGUCUUGGUGCGGACGUAUGGUGCGUUGUGAGCGUAGACGCCGUGGGCAAAGGAGCCGACGCCGAGAAGUUCCGGCACGCCAUGUGCGCUAUCAACGAAACCAAGGACAAGAGCCACUUCUUCAAUGCGGACGCCGUGCUCCUGGGCGCCUUGCGGUUCUUGGACAUCCACAUCAACGCUAUGAAGUCGGUGCAGUCGCAGAUCUCUCAUCGCAAGGACGUCAAGCUAGAAUUCGACCGCUACGAGCAGAAGCUCAGCAAGAUGCGGAAGCGCAAAGACGGCAGGCCUUCGCAGCAGCGGCUGGAGCGCAACGAGCAGAAGCUGCAGAAGGCUCGGGUUGCGCUGCAGACCGUGACGUUCGACCUCUAUCGCGUCUUCGCCAAGUACGAGAGCGAGCGAGAUACGAUGCUGAACGGCGAGCUGGAAAUGGUGCGGCAGGUCAUGCACAACUUCUACGCCAAGAACGCCGACGCCACCAACUUCUCCAUCCCUGGCGAGGUCGACCACAGCGUCGUGGACAGCCGCGCCGAGCAGCUCUUCAAGGGCAUGGUGGAGAAGGAGGUGGAGCAGGAUGCCCUCAAGCUGCUCCCUCCCAGCAGCACGAGCAAACCCCCUCCGUUCGCAGUCGAUUGCGUCCAGGCCGCUGCAGGCUUCAGUCCUUCGGUUCCGAGCGCGCUCGUGCCGACCAAACCCAUUGUGACGAUGCUGGCCUCGUCGGUCCCCGGCCCCAGCGCUGACAAGCAGACGGCUACGCCCUCGACGGACACGAGCUCGGGGCCCGAGCACGACAGCAACGAGGAGGACGAGCUGAGCGAGAAGCUGCGGACCAUCCAGCUCACGCGCCCGUCGAUCCAGCCCGUGAAGGUCUACCGGCUAGGCAGGCCCGUGGCAACCGCGGAGUAGCUAGGUAGUAAGUAGCCUGAUGCAGUAAUGGGAAUGCAAUCACUUGUGUCGAGCAUU